AAGGAGAGAGCCAGAGAUGUCGCUUUAAUUAGCGUUCGUCACCCCUCCACACUCGCCUCCCAGCAUAACAAGUGUCCCUUCCCCCCUCAUCAUCUUCUUCCUCGUCUCGCCCACAGCUCGCAGUUCCCCACCGGAAGCUCUCCGUGGCGUCUCCCUCGCGCGCAGAAGGAAAAUGCAACGAGCAAUUCAAGCCAUUGGAUCACAUGGCAGCAUGCUUAAAUCUGCUGUUCUGCAGCACGUCAGUGUUGCAAAGCCAGCUAUGCUCCCUGCUGUGUUCUCGCGCUCCAUGUCAGUGUCAUCUGCUCAAAUAGAGGAGAGUGGAUUCGAGAGCGGCACUGUUGCUGAUAUCUUGAAGUCUAAAGGGAAGAGUGCUGAUGGAUCGUGGCUUUGGUGCACCACAGAAGAUACUGUCUAUGAUGCUGUCAAAUCAAUGACCCAACACAAUGUGGGAGCUUUGGUGGUUGUUAAACCUGGACAAGAUAAAUCAAUUGCUGGCAUCGUCACUGAGAGAGAUUAUCUCCGGAAAAUCAUAGUGCAGGGUCGAUCCUCCAAGUCAACUAAAGUUGGAGACAUCAUGACUGAAGAGAACAAGCUGAUCACGGUGAAACCCGACACUAGAGUCCUGCAAGCAAUGCAGCUGAUGACAGAUAAGCGUAUCAGGCACAUCCCGGUGAUCGACAGCACUGGGAUGGUGGGGAUGGUCUCCAUCGGUGACAUCGUCCGUGCCGUGGUCAGCGAGCACAAGGAGGAGCUGAACCGGCUCAACGCCUACAUCCAGGGCGGCUACUAGGUUCCUGGUCCCGCGACGAGGACUGUCCCUUUGAACUCUAAUAAGGAUCAGGGCGAUGAUGACGAAAUAGGCCGUGUUUUCACGGGCAGUGCCGCUAGAGUGGCUGCUGUGAACUUUGAAUUUGCGUGUGAUGUUUCCGCUUGUUCACCUGUCCGGCGCCGCGUGCUUGGUCCUGGAGCGCGCAGACCAUCUCGAUCUGACGGUAAGACAGACACACCGAAUAAAGCGUGGAGCGCCUCGGAAUACUGAGUUCCAUUGUGCUCAUCGCAAAAGCUUUCAUGUCUCAGAUGCGUUUAUGAAAAAAGUUUUUGAAUCGCGACA